AUGGUGGCGAAUGGAUCUAUUUUCCUCAUUAAUUUUAUUGACUGGUUCAGAAGCAGGAAAUUGUCCCCGAUAGACCUGAUCCUGAUCUGUUUUGCCUUAUCUAGACUUUUGCUGCAGGCAACAGUGAUUCUUCAGGUAACUCUAUUUAUUUUGCUUAACAAUUCACUGAGCAACUCAGCAUAUACUUUGACGGGCAUAUGGAUAUUUGUGAACAUUGUGAACCUUUGGUUUGCUGCCUGCCUCAGUGUUUUCUACUUAGCCAAGAUCGCCAUCUUCUCCCACCCUCUUUUUCUCCAAGUCAAGCGACGGUUCUCUGGGCUGGUACCCUGGCUCCUUCUGGGCUCAGUGAUCUCCUCAGCUGUCAAGACUAUUAUUCUUACUACAAGCUGGAACUAUGGCAUCUAUACCUGCAAUCCCCUCGUAUCACUUUCAAACAACAGGAGCAAUGCAGAAAUGAACAUCUCAUAUGAAUGUAGGAAUGCCAUUGCUCUAUUAGGUUUCUUCUAUUUUAUCCCCUUAGUGGUGUUUCUGUCAUCAUCCAUCUUGUUAAUAAGUUCUCUGUGGAAGCACAUGAGAAGAGUUCGAUGCAAUGGAACUGGAACGGGGGAUCUCAACACACAGGCACAUUUGAGUGCCAUCAAAGCUCUGGCUUCCUUUGUAGUUCUCUACCUGAUCAGUUUGGCAGCGUUUGUUUUACAAAUAAUACUGGUCUGGGGCAACAAAUACACCUCGACAGCUCCGCUCUUUAAUAAAGAUGUCUGGCUUACUGUCAAUUGGCUUGGCACUUCUGGUUUUGGACAGCCUCGUCAGAAUGGUGGCAAAUGGUCUGACGAGAUUUAUGUGGCAGGUGAUAGUGUUCCUAAACGCAAUUAUGACUUCCUUUUUCAAGUGCGCCUAUGUACGGAAUUACGUAUGGUUAAUGUUUGGCACAAUGUGGUUAUUUAA